AUGACCAAUAGCUCAAUGCUCAAAUCUAAUUUUACUCCUGAAAAUGCGUUAGUAUUCAUGAUUUUACAGACGUUUUUCGUCUGUAUUGGAGCACCUGGUAAUGCUGCGGUAGCUUAUUACACCAUAAAAAAAAACAUGAAACUAAGUGAUAUUAUGAUACUCAUUUUGGCACUAUCCGAUGGACUUUAUUGCAUCGCUAGCUAUUGCUUUAUCUUUCCCGAUAUGCUAAAAGUCUAUCUAGGCCAGUUAGCUCAUCCGUCUAAUACUCCAAUUUGUCGCUUUGGAAUUGCUGUUCCCUUGUAUUUCGGCAUUGUCAAUAUCUAUUGCAUGACUGUAUUAGCUAUAACACGUUACCUAGCUAUCGUUAAACCUCGCUAUCUGAAAUUGAUUAAAGAGAAGAGAGGCGUUUUUGUGUUGGUAUCAUUAAACUGGCUAUUACCGUUAAUUUUUUCCUUGCCACAAGCUUUGGAUGAAUGGGGUAGUUAUACGUAUUUCCCGGAUAUUGGCGUAUGUGCGGCACUUUACUAUUAUAGCCAAGGUUCUUUGGUUGCCUCUUACUAUAUCUGCUUAAUUCUCUUUGUGGUCAUGAUUCCAACCACAUUUAUCGGAUGGAGUUAUCAUCAAAUCUACCUAGAAGUACGCCAAAGUCGUUUUCGUGUUAUGAACAGUGUUAAAAAGAAUAAAAAAAACAUCAUCAACAAGAAUGCUAAUGGAGUUAAUACUUAUAGCCAGCGGCGGCAAACUCAAGCAGCUGGAAUGUCACAAGAAAGGCGUAAUCGUGAAAUUGCCUUGGCUAAGACAUUAUGUAUUAUUGUUAUUACCUAUCAGAUCUCUUAUAUUCCUUAUAGUGUAGUCUCUCUCUACGACUACUUCGCCGAGCCGGCACUUGCCUUCGUCUUUCAAUACAACUUUUUAAUGGUAACUUACAUUGGUAAUAUUGCCAAUCCAAUUAUUUUCUUGCUCCGAAGUAAAAAGUUUAAACAUAAGGUGCUUAAAAAGAAAUCAACCAUCUCCAAAAAUGCCUCCUCAACGUCGGAAACAUUGCAGAGUGGACCACCUGUUACGCUUCAAGCUAUUACGGUAGAAAAUGUUCACUUAGCCGAUGACGAUUAUGAUUCAUCAGAUAACUAUAGUGAUGUUAGAUCGUUAUAA